CAAAACGUAACCUCAUUUGAGCAGGUUGACAUUGCAAUUCCUCAAUGUUAGGUCUAUAACUUGGACUAGGCUUACUUUUAAUAAGUCUAAUUUCCUAUUUGCGGUCUAAUUUCCUAUUCCCGACCACACAAUGUCUGAAGGAAACGAGCCAAAGAAAACAAAUUCUGUGGAACCAAGGGCUGAAUGUGGCUCGACAAGGAGGACCACAAAUAUUGAUGCAGAUCAGGAUCAUGUGAACUUGUCCCCCAUGGUACGCCACCUCGUGGAAAACAUGACGGAAGAGCAUUGGAGAAUUGUCCGUGAGGCUCUACAUGUGCCUGGGACCAAAGAAGAGGUUAGCCAGCUUUGUGCCUGCAUAGUUGCGAAAGUGGUCCGGACGACUCAUUAUUACCUGAUCCCAGCCCUUAGAAAAGUUCUGGGUGUUCCUGUCACAUACGUGAUUCCAUUUGGAACAGCAAGGGUAAGCACGUCGGAUGCCAAGAAUGCUAGAGAGUUGUCCAUUCCUCUGCUGGAUCAGCUGACCGGUACUGAAUUUAGAAAAAGGGCAACCGAGCAAGUGAGUGAGGUUUUGCUCAACACUCUUGACAGUGAUUCCUGCCCUGAAUCUCCCGCUGAGGUAUUUGCCGAAGAUGACCAUGAGUCAAACACCAAAGCAGAGAGCCAGACAGACUGUGAGCUUCCUGCCUUCUAUCCACCUGGCACUCACUCACAGUCUGUUGCUGAUGAUCUUGUCGGUGAUGUUAUCGACUCCAUGAACGAGGACUCAGGCCAAAACGUUCACUCAGCAGCGUAUGACGUUGUUGGAUAUGUCGUUGCGGGGAUGAAAGAUCUUGUGGAGACAACACGAGUCAUGGGAGGUUUCUCUAUGAGAAGGAUCUACGCAACAUCACAAACAAUGUUCAGUGCCAUUCAGAAUGCUGUGAGGAAAUUGUUUUCCAGAUCUGUUUACUGUAAAGAGGAGACAACAAUGGCUGUUAAACAGUAAAGAGGAGACAACAAUGGCUUCUGCCAGACAUGUCAUUAGCCAAGUGAUUUUGUCCAUGCAGUUUGAACUUUCUGAUCUUAAGAGUGCAGAAGAUUUAGAGCAAAUAGCACUGAUUCAGAAGAUCCUCAGUGCUUUGUUGAGUGAAGUCAGAAUGAUUGGCAUGGAAACAAAAAAGGACAGGUCCCAAAGCCCUCAACUGCCAUCGCCUCACUUCUUAAGAUCAGCUGACGCAGAAAUUGAAGACCCAACCAAACUUCAUGGCACUCCUGUUCCCCCUGAAGUGAUUGUCAACAUGGAAGGCUCUUCGUUGUCUCCUGCAUGUGCCAACGAAGCCAUCGCCCAAGUGGUGGACACCGUCUUAGAAGGUGAAAGACUUGUUCCCGUCCCCAUCAGACUGGAGAAACUGAUCUCUGAAUCAAAAAUGAGGGCAUUCUCCCAUGAUAUUGCGGAUCAAGUCCAAAAGAUUAUAAAAAGUUCUCAUGGCCUCCAGACUAUUUCUGUGGAAGUGGGGAAGAGCCUUUCAGACUCCAUUCUCUGCAAGUUACCAGCCAGAGCUGAGAGACAGAAUGAAGCUCCAUCUGGAUUUAUUUACGGUUAUGUAGAAGAGGCUGUGAAGCGACUAGUGUCAUCAUGUUUGUUCCCCUCAGCAUCUUCUGAUCUUCUGAGGACCAAGAAUGUUCCCAGCAGAACCUAGAGACCUCAACAUCAUCCUGUAUCCUCAACAUGUUCACAGAAGUGAUGGUAAAAGAAGUCAUGGUGACUCUCUCCACAGAGUUUGAGGGAAACGCUGCAUCUGUCAACAGUGACGACUUCAAGAAACUAGUCAGGGAGGAUCAGAAACUCUUAGACAAACAGCCGCAAGACACUGAAAUGACGUCAUCCACCACUAACUCAAAAGUUGCGCUCCCUCAUAUUUUUGAUUUGCCACAAAAUAGUGAGUGUGAAGCAGUCAUCUUUUCCUCACACCUCCCUCUUUCAGAGUCUAACAAGAAUGACUAUGCCUCCCUUGUCUCCAUGUUGGUCAUUCGACUUCUGAAGAAAGUUGAUAGCUCACACCCGUUCAUUGGCACUCGUCAGGACGGAGUUCCGGAUAAUGUUCUGGAUAUCUCCAGAGAAUUGAUCCAGAAGAUUCUGUGUGAGCUUGAAACAUGUUUUGGUAUCACAAGUGAUGAAAGUCAUCCGCAGCAAGUGAAUUUUCACCUGAUGUACCGAAAUGUUUACAAGGAUCUUACUAGAGAGUUUGGCUCUGAAGAUGUGCUGUGUUCUGCCCUGGAAUCACAAGAUCAAUCUUUUGAGUCCUUCCUGGUGGAGAAAUUGACAGGAGAGAUAAUAAAGACUUGUAGCCAAACCAACUUAGCAGCUUCUGCAGCCCUCCCACCAAUUCAAGCUGUAACUGGACUACAGAAAAAUAAUAAGGAAAAGACCAAAAAGAAAAUGACUCCAUCCUGGCUGAAGAUGCCAACAUUCAAUUGGAAGAAAUCAAAGAAUGGAGCACACAGUCUCCUUGACAGUGAGGACUCUCUUGUUCCAAGCACAAGUUCCUCUCAGGUUCAGGCCAUGAAGACCGAGCUGAGGCAGACUCUGGCUGAGGUCACCAAGGCUCCUGCGUGUGCAGCCGGCCGUCUGGAGAUGGCCCAGGAGGAAGAGAGCGCAGGGUGCUGUUUCUUCAGGAUGCCCAAAUUCAAGUUCUCCUUCAAGGUGGAGUUCCGUUUAUUGUCAAUGUCAAUGCGUCAUUGUAAUGUGUCUAUUAUGUGGACUAAUUGUGAUCUCACAGAUUAGUGAGUGACGGACAAAUCGGUUCAGUAUGAUGUGAGUAUGCAGAUGGAAUAUUUCUUCAUUAAUCAAUAAUUGAAUUUGAAAUAAUCCUUCUCUUUCUUCAUCAGAAAAUAAUGAGAGGAGCUAAAGUUGGCCAUUACCAACGUUACCUCAUUUGAAGAGAUGAACAGUAAUGUGCCAGCCUGUGCACCAUCCUCCUGUGAGACUCAGCUGAGUGAGGAGCCGUCCGCUAAGUUGGCUGCUUCUGACGGCCUCACUAAGCAGUAGACUGCAUCUGGGCUUGCCAACACAUCUUCUCCAGAGAUGGGACUUUCUGACCCAAAUGUUUAAGUCACCUACACAACCAAAUGAUUUUUUGGAUCAUCUGAUUCUUUACCACCUAAAACUGGCCAUGUCCUUUAAUGUUUUUUACAACUCAAAAUCGUAAACUCAAAAUUGUUCAACUCCAAAUGUCCAUUAAACUUGUCAU